AUAAAAAUCUCUUGAUUACGCAUUAUUUUUUGAUUAUACAGGAAGAUAGUGAUUUUUAGCAAUACUUUCAGAAAUAGGUAUUUUUUAAAGAUUCUUAUAUAAGGCUUAUGGUGAAUUGACUAUAAAAAGAGUUCACAUAGGAGAACAGUUUUUAUCAGUGAUAUAAAAUCUUCUAUAAUUAGAGUUAUAUAUAGAGAGGAAUAGCGUUUUCAUUCAAUAACUCACCAAUCAAUAUGUAUAAUUUUUAACGUUUGUUUUUGACACGAGCAUAAACUUUUAAUACUAAGAAACAUACUAGAACUCUUGAAAAUUUGAAUAUCUAUCUAAUAAUCAAAUUUAUAAAUAAUUCUUUAUAUUUCAAUUGAAAUAUUAAUUUGCCUUCUGAUGUUCCGCCUAUGGUUCAAAUGACCAUCAUCUCAAUCGACCUCAUGCUCAUAAUCGACGCCUGCGUAAUUCUUAUGCACUUUGGACCUUAAAAUGUUAUGAGUAAGGAGUUACUGUUAUAUUUUGAUCUGGUGGAUAAGUGUUUGUUACAGAUAACCUUCAUACAUAUAUAUGUAUAUUUAUUAGUGUAGUUUUAAUUAGUAUAUAUACAAUAAUUUCUCAAGAAUAUGUCAAUUACACAACAGUAUUAUUAUAUUGUUGCUGUAUCUUAUUAACUGAAAAUAUUAGAUAAUGCAAUAAUGGAAAACACGUUUAUUCGAGAAUUAGAUAUAAACAUUGGUUCAAGAAGUACAGUAUUAAAAUUGCACCAAAAAAUAGAAGGCGAUGUUAGUUGUGUAGUUUGGGAUGCGGCAAUAAUUUUAGCUAAAUAUUUAGAAAAAUUGAAUGAAAAUAAUGUAGGAUAUUUUAGAAAUAAAGCAAUAAUUGAAUUAGGAGCAGGAGUGGGUUGCGUUGGAAUAACUGCAGCUGCAUUAGGUGGUGAUGUUACUUUAUCAGACUUACCAGAAGCUUUACCAUUGCUGAAUUUAAAUGUAAUAGAAAAUAAAAUGUGUUGGGAAGGAAAUCAGGGUUUAAUACGAAUAAUUCCUCUAGAUUGGGGAACAGAGGUUGAAUUAAAGUCUCCAGAUAUAAUUUUAUUGGCAGAUUGUGUUUAUUACGAAGAGUCAGUAUUGCCAUUAAUAAGAACAUUAAAAGCAUUAGCAAGAAGUGAUACAGAAAUUUUAGUAUGCCAGGAAAUUAGGGAUACUCAGAAACAAGUGGAAUGCUGGGAAUUGUUUAUUAAAAAUCUCAAGAAGUAUUUUACAAUUACUAUAGUACCAAUGGAAGAUCAUCAUGAAGAGUUCUCUAGCUUGGAUAUUGUGAUUUUAAAAUUAAUAAAAUUGUAACAUUUUUAUAUCUUUUAGAAAGAAAAAAUUACACAUUUCUCGGGAUCUAUGAACAGUCUUUCGAUGAAUUGGAUUCAAUUAAAUGUAAACUGAGUUGAGAUUUGUAUGUGACACUGUACAAUGCAAUUAACCAAAUAACUUGAGUAAAACAGCAUUAGACCCAUUUACAAGUGAAAGAGAGGUAACUAUAGACGCAUCCACCCUUAAUAGAGCUAAGCUGAUAUUUUCCAAUGAAGUUAAGUAGUCGUCCUGGAUAAAAGAUGGUAUUAUGGGUGUACCAAAUAGAUAUCAAACCCACCAUCACACUUCCAAAUAAAACAAAUAUCAGGCAAAACUUUUCAAAAUUUAAGGGCUUGAUCUGCUUGGUAUCACAGGGGUGAUGUCAACAUACUCCUACCACAGCCUUAGAGGCGAUGCUAAAAUCUGUCUCACCUUCAUCUUAUAGUAAAAAAAAAUUUUAAACCAGACAAUCUGAUAGGUCAUUUAAUGAUUCUACAAUUGAUUAAAGUAGAAAGCAGUGACAAACCAAUGGACCCAAUUCAUAGCAUGACAAACAUCCCAUUUGAUGUGGUAACCUCUCUAGUAUAUAGAUGAUUUGAAACUAGCUCAGGUAACUGAAUUGGGCAUUUUUCAACUAAAAGACAAGCUCUCUGUACCAUUGGAAAAAUUACUCACUAUUUUUCAGGUAGAGUUUAUCUAUAUCUAUGCUCAGGAGUGUUGGCAUCUGUUGUAAGCACAUUCUCUUCGAUAGCUAAGCGGCCUUCAAGGGUAUUGAGUGCACGUCCAAGCUAGUGAUGGCGUACAAACGAACCCACGAAGUACUACCUAUCAGAAAUAAAGUAACUCUAAUGUGGCAAACAUGGUAUACCAGGCAAUGAAGCAGACCACCUAACUAAAAAAAGGGCAAAUAUGUUUCAGACCAGAGACCUACUGUAAUGUCAUGAGGAGUCACAUCAAUAACAAAUAGAUGACUAAAAAAUCAGAUGGAGUCUUAUUGUCUAAGACAAUCCAAAAUUCAUAAUCAUAUCAGCUAAUAAGAGUGACGAACUUCUUGAGUCCGAAAUCGUCAUUAAACUGCCCUUUAUGACGAUGGGCAUAACAGAGAACAGCAACUGCAGAUUCUGCGAGAUAGCCAUAGAGGCAGCAGAACAUCUCUGCAAAUGUCCUUUCGAUUUCAUCAAAAAGCUUAGGUAUCUCGAAGGAGUGCUAAUUCAUUGUGAAAUAAGACUUAGGUAACCCCCAAAACUAGCUUUCAUUGAGAAGAGUCUAUGUAUUUCUGAAGUAGAACAAUAAGAUGCAGAAUCUUGUAAAAAAUAUCUUUUAAGUAUAGGUGUAGAGUAGCUGAAAAACUAAUACGAUUCACCAAACAAUCUACAAUCUAGGUUAUUUUUAAAAUGUAGUAGCUCUAUGAAUAGUCAAAGGUGAUAUAAAGUCAUGCCUUGAGAAUAUUUUUUUUUUGUUUGGUAGUCAUAACUUAAUUUUCCAAUUUUAUAUUAAAAGAAAAUGUGAACAGUCUUGGUUUUAUUAUUUAAAAUAUUGUUAAACUUGAGUUGAUGCCUAGAGUUUCUUAUUGUACAUCAAACUAUUCUACAUGUAACAGUUAUUCAAGUUGUUCAAGGUCAAAGUAAAAAAUCAGAAAACGG